GAGAGAAUUAACGAGAGGGAGAGGAAGAGGGAGGGGAAAUGGGUAGAAGCCCGUGUGCUUCUGAAGGCAAGCGUCUCAACAGAGGAGCCUGGACUGCAAUUGAAGACAAAAUCCUCACGGAUUACAUCAAGCUUCAUGGUGAAGGGAAGUGGAAUAACAUUUCCAGAGAAACAGGACUGAAGAGAUGUGGGAAGAGUUGCAGGCUACGGUGGUUAAAUUAUCUGAGGCCAGACAUCAAGAGAGGGAACAUUUCACUGGAUGAAGAGGACCUCAUCAUCAGGCUCCACAGGCUCUUAGGCAACAGAUGGUCUCUCAUAGCAGGGAGACUUCCAGGGCGAACAGACAAUGAAAUCAAGAACUACUGGAACACCAAUUUAGCUAAGAAGGAAUAUGGGAAGCAAGGAAAAAAAUAUUCCAAUAAAGAGAACAAACCAUCCAUAUUGGUGAACCAUUUGCCUGACAUGGCCCUGCCAGAAUCCGGUGAGAUCAGACGACCUGAGGCAUGGCGAUGCAAUGAGGGAACCACCAUCCCGGAACAGCGUAAAGCCCACGAAGUAGAUGAUCAUGAGGCUAUGGCAGCUGCAGGGAACAGAUCACCGCUUGAGAAUAUAAGGGAGGAAGAUAAUUCUCUGGACACGAGAAUUGAUCUCUUUGAUAUGGGAGAUAUUCGCCUUUCGGAAAUUAUUGAUUUUGAGUUCCCCAAAAUUGCUGGUUUUAGUAGUAGUGCACAUGAGACGAAUAAUGCUGCAGAAGGAGAUGUUAACAGCAGCAUCAAUGUGGAGUACAGAGGAGAACCAUGGACUGAUAUUAAUCCUGAAGAUGAUCAUGAACAUAAUUUUUUGCCGGAAGAAAUGGAGGGUUGGGGAUCAGGCAAUGUCAAUGUUCAAUCUGAAAUAGCUUCUUUUCUUGAAUCAACAGAGGUAUGCCUUGGAAAUGGUAUUCUUGAUAUCAUAUAUCCAAGUUUAUGAGGUGUUCUUAAUUCAUUCCCAGUUCCCACGCACAAAAAAUCCUCUCUAUGUCCAGCAAAUUUAGAUGUGCUCAUCAAUAUUAGUGUAAUUGGGGUUGUGUUUGGCAGCAUAGAUUUCAGGGGUCUCGGAUUUAGAUUUUUAUAUAUUUGAAUAAAACUUGGUGCAACUCUAUACUACAUUUUGCUUAAAUCUAACAUCUAAAUUCUGAGAUUUCAAA